CUAAUACCUGUAUUAAGACCCUUCUGCCUUUUCCAUAGAUUAAGACCAUAUCUGUGUAUUCUGUGUAAGUAGAAUGUGCUUUUCACAGGUUGUUAUGUCCCUUUUUCUGGUAGUCCUCUUGGGUGGAACUCUCACUCGAGUAGGGUGCUUUAGCUUUAAUUAUACAGUGUUCAACAAUGAACAUUAUUCUCAACUGAAGAUGUCAAAUUCAUAUAUUGUACUGGGUGCUAUUCAAGUUACACCAGAUGUUAGUAAUAAAGCUUCUAUUGCAAAAAAUUCCGGGCGUGCCUUUUACUUGAAGCCAUUCAGAUUAUGGAGCAAGAGCAAAGGUUUGACAGCAAAUUUCUCUACCACCUUUGUACUUAAUAUCACUCCUAAGACAUCUCCAGGAGGCGAAGGCUUGAGCUUCAUAUUAGCUGCAGAUGCCACACUUCCACUGAACAGCGAUGGACAAUGGCUUGGGAUUGUAAACGCAAGCACGAAUGGAUCCUCUCAAGCUAAAGUGGUGGCAGUAGAAUUUGACACGAAAAAGAGUUACCAAGAAGAUUUGGAUGAUAACCAUGUUGGCUUGGAUGUAAAUAGCAUCUACUCAAAAACGCAAGUCUCUUUAACCAACCUUGGUAUCAAUCUUUCUUCUUCUUCUAAUAUAACGGCAACGGUUAAAUAUGAUGGCAAAAAUAUGACUCUGUAUGUUGCUUCCAUGGAAGUAAUUUCUUGGCCGCUUAAUCUCUCUGAUUAUCUUCCAGAAGAGGUUUAUGUGGGAUUCUCAGCUUCAACAGGAGAUGACACUGAACUCAACUGCAUAAUAUCAUGGGAAUUCAAUGGUUCCGAUAUUGAUGAUGGUGAUGAUGAUUUAGAGUUGCUGUGGUUAUGGAUCACAGUAUCAGCUGCAGUGCUUGUGUUAAGCGGGAUUGUCUUUUACUUGUAUUGGCAGAGGAAACAGGCUCUAUAUGCAGAGGAUCCAUAUCCAGGGCUAGAAGACCAGAUCAAAGGGUCCUCUAUGGCUCCAAGAAAAUUCCUACUAAAAGAGCUGAGAAAAGCAACAGGCAACUUCAACCCCAAAAACAAGCUUGGAGAAGGUGGCUUUGGAACGGUCUAUAAGGGACUAUUGGCAAAUAAGGAGGUAGCCGUCAAGCAAGUCUCAAAGAAUUCAAGUCAAGGCAAGCAAGAAUUUAUAGCAGAAGUCACAACAAUCGGCAGCCUCCAUCACAAGAAUCUUGUGAGAUUGAUCGGAUGGUGCUAUGAAAGGCGUGAGCUCCUUCUCGUUUAUGAGUUCAUGCCAAACAGUAGCCUUGACAAGUUUAUAUUUGGCGAUGAGAAACUAGGCAUGGAGGAACCAACACUCACCUGGGAGAAAAGGCACAUCAUAAUUCAUGGGGUAGCUGAGGCACUGGAUUAUCUUCAUAACGGAUGUGAAAAGACAGUGCUUCAUCGGGACAUAAAAGCUAGCAAUAUUAUGUUAGACUCAGAGUUCAAUGCCAGGCUUGGAGAUUUUGGACUAGCUCGUACUAUUCAACAAAAGGGAAAAACGCACCACUCAACAAUAGAGAUUGCAGGAACACCAGGAUAUAUGGCUCCAGAAACGUUUCUUAUUAGUAGGGCAACUGUUGAGACAGAUGUCUAUUCAUUUGGUGUUCUUGUACAAGAAGUUCUCUGUGGAAGGAAGCCAGGAAAUCAAAUUGAAUUGACCGACUACAACAACAGCAUUGUGUAUUGGCUAUGGGAACUUCACAGUAAAGGAAGGAUCCUUGAUGCUGUUGAUUCAAGAUUGAACAAGGAAUUUGAUGAGGAAGAAAUGUCAUGCAUGCUUGUUUUGGCAUUGGCCUGUUGUCAUCCAAAUCCACACAAGAGACCCUCCAUGAAAACCGUUUUACAGGUACUUACAGGGGAAGUGCCUCCACCGCUGGUGCCCACAGAAAGACCUGCUUUCGUGUGGCCUGCCAUGCCUCCUUCAUUCAAAGAGGACUCCGGAAUCUCUUUCUCUAAAAGCCAACUUUCCCCUUUCACAGAACUCUCAGGGAGAUGAAUCUUUCCAAAGGCUAGAUUAAGAAAAAUGUCCACUUAAAGUAUCUAUUGUUUUUAUUUGCAUAUGUUUGACCUGUCUAUACAGCAUUAGUUUCCAUGGCAAGAAGAUUGUGAUUGCAUCAAAAUAGUACAGACACUUUUUUUCGGCCCUGUACAUAUAGGUCCCAGGUUUCAUGUAAAAAGAAUGUAAAUUAGGAUGUGAAGAAGCUUGUAAUAUAAUGGCACUGUCAAGUUCUUCUUAUGU